AUGGGGAGACAGCAGGACAGGGAGACAGCAGGACAGGGAGACAGUGGGACGGGGAGACAAUGGGAUGGGGAGACAGCGGGACAGGGAGACAGUGGGACAGGGAGACAGCAGGACAGGCAGACAAGGGACAGGGGGACAGCGGGACAGGGAGACAGCGGGACGGGGAGACAGCAGCACGGGGAGACAGCGGGACGGGGAGACAGCGGGAGCAGGAACAGCAGGACUGGGAGACGGCGGGACCGGGGAGACAGCGGGACGGGGAGAGAGCGAAACGGGGAGACAGCAGGAUGGGGAGACAGUGGGAUGGGGAGACAGCGGGACCGGGAGAUAGCGGGACAUGGGGACAUAAGACAGGGAGCCAGCAGGACAGAGAGACACCAGGACAGGGAGACAGCAGGACAGGGAACCAGCAGGACAGGAAGACAGCAGGACAGGGAGACAGAAGGACAGGGAGACAGCAGGACAGGGAGACAGCGGGACGGGGAGACAGUGGGACGGGGAGACAGCGGGACAGGGAGACAGUGGCACAGGGAGACAGCAGGACAGGCAGACAAGGGACAGAUGGACAGCAGGACAGGGAGACGGCGGGACGGGGAGACAGCAGCACGGGGAGACAGCGAGACGGGGAGACAGCGGGACCAGGAACAGCAGGACCGGGAGACGGCGGGACCGGUGAGACAGCGGGAGCAGGAACAGCAGGACUGGGAGACAGCGGGACGGGGAGACAGCAGGACGGGGAGACAGCGGGACGGGGAGACAGCAGGACGGGGAGACAGCGGGACAGGGAGAGAGCAGGACAUGCACCCAAGGGACAGGGGGAAAGCGGGACAGGAGGACGGCAAUGGGGAGACAGCAGGAUUGGGAGAGAGCGGGAUGGGGAGACAGAGGGACGGGGAGACAGUGGGACAGGGAGACAGCAGGACAAAGAGACAGCAGGACAAAGAGACAUCAGGACGGGGAGACAGCAGGACAGUGAGUCAGCAGGAGAGGGAGACAGCACGACAGGGAGACAGCCGGACAGGCUGA